ACAGAGAGAGAGAGACACACACACACACACACACACAGUCCGGCGGUGCUGGGAUUGGGCAGAGGACGGAGUCACGGGAUUGGUAGAGUUCAGCUCCAAACUUCCUCUCCAUCUCUUCACGGCGCGGAGCUGUCCACGGGCCACUGGUGCUGAAGCUGCCAGCGCCGCAGAAGACAGAUCUGUUCCCCCCCUUCCUCCCAUCCAGCUUCUUCUUCUUCUUCUUCUUCUUUUCUUUUUUCAAGAUCAAGAUAUAAGAGGAGUCUCCAAGAGGACACAGCCAUGGCUUUCAUGGUGAAACACGUGGUGGGAGGACAGCUGAAGAACCUGACCGGCGGGCUGACGGAGGAGAAGCCCGAAGCGGAGAAGUCUGACGCCGCCGCGCAGGGGAUGACCCAGGAGGAAUUCGAGCAGUACCAGCAACAGUUAGAGGAGGAGAAACAAGAACGAGAAGCCAAUUUUGCCCAGAAGAAAGCUGAGAGAGCCACCGUUAGAAGUCAUUUCCGGGACAAGUACAGACUACCAAAGAACGAGACGGACGAGACCCAGAUCCAGCAGGCGGGGGAUGACGUGGUGCUGCCCACGGAGCUGGCCAAGAUGAUCGCCGAGGACAACCAGGAGGAGACGCACAAGCAGUCGGUGCUGGGCCAGCUGACCAACAUCCAGAACGUGGACAUGGACCAGCUGAAGGACAAAGCCCAGGCCACGCUGGAAGACCUCAAAAAGCAGACGGAGAACUGCAGUCUCAUGUGAUCCGGCCACUCUCGAGUCCCGGGAGAUUAGAGUUUAACUUGUGCAAAUAUUUUCCAAAGGCAGAGCUGCUCUGGAGGUAGAAGUAUUCCUAUUGCUU